AUGUUAAAAAAUAGUGAAACGCUGCGUUUUAAACGAGAAAUCGAAAGGCUACUGUGUACUCCGCGGAGAUAAACUCUUAUCGGAAACGCGAGCGUGACUGUAAGUGAAUAUUCUGAUACAUUCGAAAUUGACUUGGAGUCGUCUCAAUUCUCCAAAUAUUAUUCAUUCAGUUUUUUUUCUUUUUUUUUUACAACUUUAUACACGUUCAGAGAUUUAUUACAGUUUAAUUUGAAAAUCAUUCACAAUUCUUUUACAUGUAUUGUGAUUGAUACAGAAUAUCCAUAGCUAUUAAAAGUCGUUUGCAAUUACUUUCUCUACACUGACUUUUUUUAUGCGUUGAACUUGAAGAUUUUUGUUAAAGGCUUUCGGCGAUUCAUCUGAGACAUUUGUCGAUCUACGUUGAAACUGAAAGUAUUUCAAAUAUCGCGUCUUUACUGUACAUGCCAUGGUAAUAAAAGACAUUAAUCACCGUGCAAGAUGUGUCCACAAGUAUACAAAAGAAGAAAUGUCACUGUUGUGUAGAUUACAUGACUCAGAAUAUUAUCAAAAAAAAAUUUAGAACAAAGGAUGAAUUUGAAAAUGAAUCGACUAUCAUUUAUAAAAUGUUUUUAGUAUUUCUUACGAGCUAUCUGUUUGUUAUACACAUAAUCCCGCUCGAUUAGCGAUAUUCUUAAAAAUAAGAUAAUUUUUCGACAGUGAAUACGACAGCAAAACAACAAACAGCGAUAUGUAGUAGAAAAUGUCUUCAACUGAUUUCAUUUAUUGAAGAACCUGGAGUGUUGAUUGAAUAUGUAAAUACUAUCGGACAUUACUGUUCACAGGUGCUGCGUCAAAACGAGAAAGACGAAAGCUACAGAGAAGAAGGACAAAACCAUUCCUGUGCGAUAUUUGUUUUUUCCCCGUGUCGCCGUAUUCGCGGCAUUUAUCUGCAUUCGACGUUGUUCGUUCAUUUCGUUGACAUCCAAAUCUAUCGAAAAGAAGUUAUUAUAGGGCGCUGCAGCCCAAAUUUCAACGACACGAUGUCGGAGGAUCAAGUCAAGUCUCCGAUCGACGGUAUUCUUCCGUUUUUACAAAGCAUUGAAUGGCGAGAUCCAUGGCUUGCAUUAUUGUUAACUUUCCAUAUUGCCAUUACAAUGACUGCAUUAAUGACACGAAACCAUGCCAAUUUUCAAAUUAUGUUAUUCCUUGCUUUGUGCUAGCUGGCUUUAUCAAUCUAGCCAGUUAAUGACCAGUUUAAAGAGAGCACAAUUAAGGCAACAAGCGAGAAAUCGGGAAAUGGAAGAUGACUCUGUGAAUGAAAAACAGGAAUAAUCAUUCUAGUCCAAUAACAAGAAUGAAAAAAUAUGAAAUAUAAAAAUGUACAUUACUAUGAAACAACAAGUAUUGGCUUGUUUUUGACACAAGUAGGAUGAUAUAUAAUGGCAUUGUAAAAUUUGGCGAAUAUUCAACAUAGCAUUUUUUUAAGACACUAUUACCGAUAUAAUUGUUAUCGUAAUUCAUAUCAAAGUUGAGUAGCUCCAUUGUCAGUUGACUGUACUUCCAAUCUUAUGUCAUGUAUAUAUGAUGCGAAUUCAGAAUUCUGCAAAUAAUUUAUUCAAAAUUAAUGAUGUACCAAAUUGCAGUACGGCACGCAAUUUGAAAAUUGCAAGAUGUUACAUGAUUCUUGAGAGAAUAUUAUUAUCUUAUAUUAAGGUACAUUCCGACAAUUCUCUACUUUUAUUUUAACGUUGAAAUAUGGAUCAAUGUUUUUAUUACCAAUGUACUUACUAUUGUAACACAUAUUGCUUGUUACAAAAGCUGAUGAAUGGCAUAAUUAAGUAAUAAUUAGGCUCUAUCUAUAUGUAAGUAUGUGUGUACGUGUGAAUGUAUAAUUUUUUCCAAAAACUAAAUCUUAAAGGAUACUAUGAAUGUAUUAUAUCCAUAUAUGAAUCUUUUUUUAUUGUAUAUUUGUGUAAAUGAACAAUUUCUUGCCGUUGUAAUAUUUAACGCGUGCCUAAAUUUAAGUAA